UAGCUAGAGGCCGGGGCCCUAUUGCGCCAUGGCGGCUGGCCGGAGCGCGCAUGCGCAAACAUUUUCCCGCCAUACGCUGCCCGAGCGUCCGCGUCCACAAACAAAACCUUUAUUUUUUUUAAUUUAAAAAUGUAAGAUGUUAUUGUUUUAAUUUAUUUUUUUGUGUUUUUGAAGUGCUGUGUCGUGAUGUAGCCAUGUUUUUGGGAAUUCUGCUGCUGCUGAGCGAGUGCACUGCACUGGCUUUUAAUACCAGCGAUGUUAGCCCGCGGGAUACAUGGACACUACGCUACCCACCGCGGAAGUCCCACGUGCGACGCCAGCGCACCAUCCCGGCCAGCACACCGUUCUUCUGUCAGGAUUCUCUGGCUUUUGGCAAGAGUAGGCAGCCUCCGACGUCGGUACACCGGCUACGGCCCGGCGACAUCGAUGUGGUGGCUGCUUUAGGUGACUCGCUAGUGGCUGGGAGCGGUGCCCUGGAGGAGUUUGCCCUUGGUGCGUUUGUGGAGUACAGAGGGGUUUCAUGGUGUGCAGGAGGCGAAGGCACCUGGCGCGAAUACCUAACUGUGCCGAACAUUCUCAAAGUGUACAACCCGGGGCUACGAGGAUACUCGACCGGCACGGGCGAGUGGCUCGCACGUAACGCUCGUAUGAACGUCGCCUUCCCCGUGGCGUCAGACCAGGAUGCGCUCAAGCAGGCCAAGAUCCUGGUGGCUCGCAUGUUCGCAGCCCCCGACAUCGACGUCGCUCAACACUGGAAGCUAGUCACCAUAUUCCUCGGCGCAAACGACCUCUGUUCCGCCUCCUGCUUGUCACCCAUCGAGUGGUCACCGCUGGCACAUUCCAAGAAGUUGGCACGAGCGUUGGACUAUCUGCAUGCCAAUCUGCCGAGAACUAUAGUCAAUUUAGUACCUGUGUUAGACGUAUCAGUGUCCGUGCGCGUGCGCCGGCCCGCCAUGUGCAGACUCAUGCACCCGUUGUUCUGCACGUGCUUCCACCGCGGCGGCGGCGAGCUGCGCGCGCUGGUGGCCAUGACCAGGCUGUACCAGAGGGCGGAGGCCAUGCUGGUGGAAAGCGGCCGUUACGACACCCGUCCUGACUUUACAGUGGUCAUACAACCAUUCAUGCGUCUGUUCAACGCGCCCUGGCCGCCCUCCGCUAAUCUACCAUUAGUGAUCCACCAGUCCUACAUCACACACGACUGCUUCCACUUUUCGCAGAAGGGACACGCUCUAGCGGCCAACCUCCUCUGGAACAACCUUCUGGAACCCGUCGGCAACAAGACCGACAAUGCAGAGCCCGUGUUACUACGUUCCUUCCGAUGCCCGACGAGGGAAGCUCCCUUCAUCUUCACACAGAACAACUCUAGGACAUACCACGAAACUGGACGCCAAGAGGGAUACGAUGAGUUAUGACAAAGGGACGAAGUCUUAAACACGAAAGGACUCUAUGACCAAAGUGUGAGGAAGUGAGAAUCAGUCUAAGCUUCUUUAAUUAUUCAGAUAUAACCCAACGCGGCCGUCUGAGUAAAAUGGAAGGGUUUUAUGUGCGCUCUCUUCCAAUUUCCUCUAAAACAUGCUGGAACCAGUUGGCAACAAGACUGUUGCAAGAUGUUACUCCGUUUUCGUUGUUCGACCUGAGAAACUCCUUUCCUGUUAACACAACCACUCUAAAACGUAUCUCGCAACGGACCGCGAUGAGUCACCACGAAGGGGUCACCAAUGAGCAGUUAAGGGGACCACUCACACGAAAUAAAAUUAUACAGUGGAUACUAAAAUAAAAAUGUGUGUAAGUAACAUAAAUACAUGACACCACGGAGCAUGACACAGCAGUAAAACUACUUUAACUAGAAAACCACGCAACCAGUAGGAAGGGUAGGUAUUAUGUGCACCCCUUUCUUUGGAACAAUUUUCAGACUAUCCCCGCGAUUCGGGAAAUGAAUUAGAGAUUCACUUAGAUAUGAAAUUGUAAAGAUAUGUGACGUCCCGCGGGUAAAGGUACCUUAUGGCGGUUGGCGCUUACGCUAUUAUUAAUGCCGCUCCAAUUAAUAUUGGAUGCCAGAACGGUCCGGGUCAGGGCCUAGGCAUCCAACACUGCGUUUUUUAUGGAAAGCAUCACUUGAUCUUAAUAAAACAUUAAUGGAGAUGUAAAAGGUCCCCAAUGUUAGACUAAAGUACUACCACAGAAUAAAUAAUAGUACUACCGUACAGAAAGGAAACUUCCUACAAAGCAGAAGUUUGACAGCGGUUCAGGGACGAAUCAUGCUGUCCCUUUUUAAUAUAUGGCAUUAUCCCUUUCGGCUAUUUAGGGUUGUCAAAAUUCAAGUCAUUUAAUUAUCUUAUCUGUGGUCGUGCACGCAAAGGGACAUCAAGUUGGGUCAACCCUAAUAAUUGCUCGGAGCAAUGCUGAGCCGAACGGAGUCGAGAAUGCCCGAAAGGAGGAGUUUUGCACCCCUGCUAAUUACUUACUAGAUUUGGAGGUGUAAAGGCUCAAUGGCUCAAGUCAAAAUGACAGAUUAAGAAAAACAUUCGGAGUUCGGAGGUCGAGGAAGUGGGGGGGUGUGCGCCGCGCCCAGUACGUACAAAAUGACACCACUCUGUCAUGACGCCCAACAUUCCUAACAUUCCUCAGCCGUGCACGGAAUUCGCGCGCGGACAGUAAUUGAGGCUUGUAGUUCGUUUAUGAAUAAGUUUUUAAUAAUGUACUAAACCGCUCGAACGUUGCGUUGUGUCUUCUGGUUUGUAUGUGUUCUUAGCCUAAAUUAAAAAGGCAUGCAGGCCGGCAGGGCCGGAUCUAGGGUAAAGCGAGUGGAGCGGCCGCUCUAGGCGCCGGAUGGCAAGGGGGGCGUCAAAAAUGGCAAAUGAAAAAAAAAAUAGUUUUAAUAGACGCAAGUGUGACGCGGGUCCAAAAUACGGUUCGUUUUGCUUUGGGCAUAGAGUAACGGAGUUAUAUCUAUCUUUGGGCAUGGGUAAAAAGCUCAACGAAGGGCGCCAAACCCCGAUUUCGCUCUACCCUGAUCAAGGACUCGGUCCGGCACUGCAGGCCGGAUAUGAUAACAAAAUAUAUGCCUGUUUAAAAAAAUAUAAAUAUUCGUCAUAAUUUGUUUUUGUUGACGACUUUUGUUUAUAUAAUAUAAUAUUUACCUAAGUAAAUAUUUUUUUCUACGUUAGUGCGAGUGCCAUGAAAGAAAGCUUAUUGAAACGUAA